UGUUUCAUUGUAACCCUCACAGCGCGUCUGACUGUGAGUCCCAGCAGCUCUCAGUUCUUUAAAGAUGACUCUGUGUCUCUGAGCUGUGAGGAGGACGACAGCUCUGCUGGAUGGACUCUGAGGAGAAACACAAGCACAGAAACUAGAGCUGAGUGUGGAGAUAGUUGGGGAAAUCCAGUUGGUUCUUCCUGUAACAUCAGUUCCAUUGACCCAUUGGACAGUGGAGUUUACUGGUGUGAGUCCAGAGAGGGUGCCAUCAGUAACAUGGUUAAGCUCACAGUCUCUGGUGGAUCAGUGAUCCUGCAGAGUCCUGUCCUCCCUGUGAUGGAGGGAGAUGACGUCACUCUGCUCUGUCAAACAAAGACCACUCCCUCCAACCUCCCAGCUGCUUUCUUCAAAGAUGGAGUCUUCAUCAGGAAGCAGCCUACAGGUCACAUGACCAUCCAGCAUGUUUCCAGGUCUGAUGAAGGCCUCUACAAGUGUGACAUCAGCGGUCAUGGAGAGUCUCCAUCCAGCUGGAUCACUGUCACAGAGAGACACACCACCACACCUCCACCUACAUCCACACCUCCUACAGCUGGUUCAUCUCCCCUUCUCUGUGUUGUGGUUCUACUGGUGUUACUGGUUCUGCUGAUGAGACAACAUGUUUGUAGAAAAGAGAGUGAUCCAGCUGCAAUCUAUUCAGCAGUGAGAACUGAAGACAUAACUUAUGGACAAGUCAUCAUCAAAGAGAAGAAAAAUAAGUCCAAGACGAGAGAGAGCGAUCCAGCUGCAGUUUAUGCAGCAGUGAGAACAGAAGACGCCUCUUAUGGACAAAUCAUCAUCAGAGACAAGAAAAACAGAUCCAAGAUCAGAGGUAUACCAUUUGGACCAACUGCCUUUCCAAUCUUCAUCGUCCUCGUAGCUGCCCUCAUUACUAAUCCUUACUGA